CUGUCGAUGAAUGCCUGUAUUUGGAGACUCUGUUCAUCUUAUUCUCAUACCGGAUCGUUACGCGAUUUCGAACAGCAGCAGCUCCGGUCCUGGAUUAGCACCUAUUGACUGCCUUGUGAACAUGAUUUGUCAUGGGGCCAGCAUGUCUUCGCGAGGACGGCCAAGAUGGGUGGCAUGAUCCGACACCUAUAGACCAGCAUUGAACGCGCUACCUUCAGGACACGGAUGCAUCGGAUAGCUGAAUGUUCUUUCACGAUAUUGACAGGUCGGUGUGGCGUCUAUCUC